ACCACCGCCAGUCAGGUAUAUCGUUAGUUAUACAUGUACUUCAUGUACCACUACAGUCAGUGUGUAAUGUUUAUUCAUUCAAUCCAUGUUCAAUUUCAACAUUUGACGUACGUAGAAAUGAAAAAGGGCCACAAGCUAGGUCUACAGGGUAGUUGAUCGUAAAAUAAGGGGGAGUGUGUACUUUAGGACCCCUCUACUCACCACUGUUAUAUUCUUUCAAAGCAGUGAUCAGCCGGUGUGGUAAGCAGGUAAGGCAUGGUGGGAUGGGGUUCAUCUAGCCCUACACAUAGGGCUGUAGUACGAGGCUCUCUUUUACUAUCUCUUAUAUCUGUCGCCACAUAGAAGAGAUAGAUUGUAAAAGAGAGCCACUACAGCCCUAGUGCCGAGGCUAGGAUUCAUCAUCCACCAUUGUCUGGCCCACAUAAUGCCUAACGUUCGGCCCCAGCCUACACAUGGGAGAGCGUGGUGGAGGACGACGGCUCUGAGGUCCAGCGUGUAUAUACAUGUAUUUCCAAAACCAACAAUGUCAAGAGCCCAUAAGAAGAACCAGAAACGAGCUACCAAGAAACAGGAAGGCAAAGGAUUUGUGGUUGAGGAAUCCAUUGGUGGUGCUGCUGCUCCAACAGUGACAAAACAAGACCCUGUCAAAGAGCUCAGAGAUCAGCUGGCCCAGGCAAAGGCAGAGAAGAAUCAUGACUUAGCCAACAAGCUCAGGCAACAGCUCUGGAUAACUCAAGACCUGGCAGCUGGUUACAAGCCAAAUAUAUCUGCAGAGGAUGAAGGCAGCCGAGAGGCCCUGACUCAGGUACAAGAGAGAUUGACAACUCCCGCAUCAUCACUGUCAUCAUCCACUGCCUCUGUCAGGCUAGAUGGAGCGUCAGCCAUCUCCACUCUCGGCUCCGAGGAGAGGAAACUCAAGACACUGCGUAAGAAGCUGGACCAGAUUCAGAGUCUCAAGAAGAAACUGGAGCAAGGAGAGACACUAGAGGCUAACCAGCUUACCAAACUCAAGACUGAAGAAUCAGUACUAGAAGAAAUUGAGCAUCUGGAGAAUCUACUUAGCAUUCCAGUCAAGAGGUAGCAGGACAGGUCAUCACCAUGGCAAUGGAAAACAUUUCUAAUCUACGGGAUUUGGGCUGAUGUUGGAAUUAGAGACUUGUGAACAGUGGUGCCACAUUAGGUAUCCAGGAUUUCUGUCGGGACAUGAAGGAAAAGCUUUUUUGAGCAACAUGUAAGAAUCCUUGGCUUUCCAUAAAUUUCUCAUGAACAAAAAUCUCACAGUUCCCCUUACAGAACGUGGUUAAAGAAAGGAACAUAUCAUAUAGUAGCGUGUGCACUAGGAAAAUCAUUUGUAUACGAAACACACACCUGUAGGUGAUAUCAACCAUUAAUGCUAAUUAUAAGUGGUUUUAUCUACUUGAAUUCUUCUGUAGAGAAUAUUUCCUGAAAAGGUUUGCUCGAACAUUGUGUUUCAGUUGAAGAAAUUAUAAACCAUAUGUAAUGUGGCACAAACAUUUGUGGUACCUUAUUGCAAAGAUAGCUUUGCAUGGGAGUUUAGGGGAUGGAAUACAGACGUUAACGUCAAUCUCAUGAUCUUCUUAACAAGACAUUGCCUACAUUCAAAUCAACCUACAUUGAACAUGUAUGCUAUUUUCAUUUUGUGUACAUAGAGCCCAUUCUGUUUAUUAAAUGAUGGGUUUUUUACAGUA